CAGAGCUAACGCCGUCACACACACACACACACACACACACACACACACACACACACACACACACACACACACACACACACACACACACACACACACACACACACACACACACACACAGUUAGUGUCUGAUGGCCACCACAGCAUCAGCAUCAGCCUUCACUCCACUUCUCUUACUCUCUCUGGACGCACGGUGGAAUUUAACGUUUUGGAUUAUUGACAGCACAUGAACGGGACCUUUGUUUUGGUGGUAAGUAACGCCAUGUGGAGGACAUAAGGAUCCGGAUACGGCGAAAACCUGAGAUAAUGGGCUGUGUGCAAUGCAAGGACAAGGAAACAACUAAACUGACGGACGACAGAGACCACAGCCUCUCCCAGGCCGGGUACCGCUAUGGGCCCGCCGCCACACCACACCACUACCCCAGCUUCGGGGUGGCCGCCAUUCCCAACUACAACUACCACACACCCGUGGCCCAGGGCAUGACCGUCUUCGGUGGGAUCAGCACUUCUCACACCGGAACUCUCCGGACUCACAGUGGGACUGGGGUCACCCUCUUUGUGGCGCUCUACGACUACGAGGCGCGGACGGAAGACGACCUCAGCUUCAGGAAAGGAGAACGGUUCCAGAUUAUCAACAGCACUGAAGAGGACUGGUGGGACGCCCGCUCGCUCACCACUGGUGACAGUGGGUAUGUGCCCAGUAAUUAUGUGGCUCCAGUGGACUCCAUACAGGCUGAGGACUGGUACUUUGGGAAACUGUCCCGAAAGGAGGCCGAGAGACAGUUGCUGUCCACCGGGAACCCGCGGGGUAGUUACCUCAUUCGGGAGAGCGAAACCACCAAGGGUGCCUUCUCCUUGUCCAUACGGGACUGGGACGAGGUGAAGGGGGACCAUGUGAAACAUUACAAGAUUCGCAAACUGGACAGCGGCGGUUACUACAUCACCACCAGGGCUCAGUUUGACUCGCUACACCAGCUGGUUCAGCACUACUCAGACCGAGCCGCGGGGCUCUGCUGUCGUUUGGUGCUUCCCUGCCACCAAGGGAUGCCCCGCAUCGCCGACCUGUCGGUCAAAACCAAAGACGUGUGGGAGAUCCCUCGGGAGUCGCUGCGGUUGAUAAAGCGUCUCGGGAACGGGCAGUUUGGGGAGGUCUGGAUGGAGUGUGCAGAUGGUUUGUGCUUUAAUUUAACGGGCGUGUGUGUCAACUCCAUCCCUGACACUGUGGGCUUGAGUCACGAUGCCUGGGAGGUCCGCAGAGACACACUUGAAUUGGAAUUGAAGCUGGGGACAGGAUGUUUUGCCGAGGUUUAUUACGGAACGUGGAACGGCACCACCAAGGUGGCGGUGAAGACUUUGAAGCCCGGCACCAUGUCCCCCGAGUCCUUCCUGGAGGAGGCUCAGAUCAUGAAGAAGCUCCGCCACGACAAGCUGGUGCAGCUCUACGCCGUCGUGUCCCAGGAGCCCAUCUACAUCGUCACCGAGUACAUGGGCCAAGGGAGUUUACUGGAAUUCUUGAAGGACGGAGAAGGACAAGGGUUGAAGUUGCCCAACCUGGUCGACAUGUCAGCCCAGGUGGCAGCAGGCAUGGCGUACAUCGAGAGGAUGAACUACAUCCACAGAGACCUGCGCUCUGCCAACAUCCUGGUGGGUGACAACCUGGUGUGUAAGAUCGCGGACUUCGGCUUGGCCCGACUGAUCGAAGACAACGAAUACACGGCUCGCCAAGGUGCCAAGUUCCCCAUCAAGUGGACCGCCCCCGAGGCCGCCCUUUAUGGGAAAUUCACCAUCAAGUCGGACGUUUGGUCCUUCGGCAUCUUGCUGACAGAGUUGGUCACCAAGGGUCGGGUGCCUUACCCAGGCAUGAACAACCGGGAGGUGCUGGAGCAGGUGGAGCGGGGCUACAGGAUGCCGUGCCCCCAAGACUGCCCCCUUUCUAUGCACGAGCUCAUGCUGCAGUGCUGGAAGAAGACCGCGGAGGAGCGCCCCACCUUCGAGUACCUGCAGGCCUUCUUGGAGGACUACUUCACGGCCACCGAGCCUCUGUACCAGCCGGGCGACUACCUCUGAACCUUCCUCCGUGCGGACUCCGGUCUGGACUUAGUCCCUCUUUUUGUGGGCGUUGGUGAAGCUUCCUGAGCUCAUUUUAGUUCCAUGGUGGGACAUAGACAGGUGUCCAAACAUCUUCCAGGGAAGGAUGCAAGAUAUUCUUCGCUUCGGAGGUCAUGAAGUCAAUCAUUUGUGCUUUUUCUGACACGGACCCUUUUUUAUCUGCAAAACCCUAAAAAGUAGUGAAAUUGUCACGUUGUGUAAAAUGGUAAAUAAAAAGAUGUAAUUUGACCCCCUUAAAAUGCUUCAAAGUGCAAGUUAAAGCCCUACUAUGCAAAGCAAAAGCCAUUUAUCAACAACAUCCAGAAUCGUCGAUCUGUAAUUUCACCCCCUUAACAUGCUUCAAAACUCACCAAAUUUUACACACAUAUCAGGACUGGCAAAAACUGCCAUCUAAUAAAAAACCAAACCCCAAAAAUCUAAAUUGCGCUUAGUGCCCCCUUGGAAAAAACCCAGACAAAACUGCAUGUAACUUCUGUUAGAAAUGUCGUAGAGACAUGAAAUAAAAACCUCUAUGUUGAUCUGGCUUAGACCAGGGCCUGAGUAGCGGCGGCAGCGGCCAAAGGCGGACCCGAUCAACGCUGCUUGCAGCUUUAAUUCUUUCUUUCUUCCGCACGUAUACUCGCCUAUGCGCUGUAUUUUGACCCCCUGACCAUGCUUCAAAACUCACCAAAUUUGACACACACGUCGGUCAGGCAUGCCUUCCCAACAUAUUAGGCAGCCAAACCAGAAAAAUCAAAAUUGCGCGCUAGCGCCUCUAGGAAGGAAAGAAAAAGAGACUGCUUGUAACUUCCGUUAGGAAUGUCGUAGAGACAUGAAACAAAAUCCUCUAUGUAGAACUGACUUAGACCUAGAUUCCCCAUUAGAAACUCCCAUACCUAAAAUCAACAGAAAUUUGGCAAAAACUCAUUCAAAGCAAAAUUUUUGCGAAAAAUUCAAAUUUUUCCUCUUUGAGCUGUAAUUUGACCCCCUUAAAAUGCUUCAAAACUCACCAAACUUGGCACACACAUCAGGACUGGCAGAAAUUGCAAUCUAAUGAAAAAAAUAAAAAAUAAAACUCAAAAUUGCGCUCUAGCGCAAUUUUUUAAUAAAACACAGAAAAAACUCCUCCGAGGAAGAAAACACAAACCAAAUUGCCUGUAACUUCCGGUAGGAAUGCCGGAAAGACAUGAAACAAAAACUUCUAUGUAGGUCUCACUUAGACCUACAUUUUAAUGAUUGACAGCCUGCAGAAAAAAUCAACAGGAAGUUGGCAAUUACCCCUUCAAAAUAAAAGUUUUGUGAAAACCUGUCACCUUUCUUCAAACGAAAACUCCUCCCAGUGCGUUUUUCGUUUCGGCUUCAAACUCGCACUGGAGAGAGAUUGAACCCUUUUGAUAAAAGAGGUCGAGCAAAGUUUUGAUUACUGCUCCGGUUUGGAUUUUACGCGCCUUCAAAGAACCCCUGCGCAAAGUUUCCUAAUAAAUGUCAUUUUUGCCUCUUUGAGCUGUAAUUUGACCCCCUUAAAAUGCUUCAAAACUCACCAAACUUGGCACACACAUCAGGACUGGCAACAAUUGCGAGCUAAUAAAACAACCAAACCCUAAAACUCAAUUGUGCUCUAGCGGCCCCUAGGAAUACAACACAGACAAAACGCUCCUAGGAAGAAAACACAGACAAAACUGCUUGUAACUUCCGGUAGGAAUGUCAGAGAGACAUGAAACAAAAACACUAUGUAGGUCUCACUUAGACCUACAUUUGAAUAAUUAACAUACUUUAGCAAAAAUCAACAGGAAGCUUGAUAUUUUCACUUCAAUACAACAACUGCAUUACUUUCACAAUGCAUUAAAUAGUGGCACCAAGGCUUCUUCAGCCGUGGGUCUCAGGGGCAGCAGCCAAAGGCGCGCUCGCACCUUCGCACCCUAAUUUGACCCCCUCAACAUGCUUCAAAGUGCAAGUUAAAGCUGUACUAUGCCAAGCGAAAGCCAUUUAUCAACAACAUCCAGAAACGCCAAUCUGUAAUUUGACCCCCUUAACAUGCUUCAAAACUCACCAAAUUUUACACACACAUCAGGACUGGCGAAAAUUGCCAUCUAAUAAAAAAACAAACCCCAAAAGUCAAAGUUGCGCUCUAGCGCCCACUAGGAAAAAACCCAGACGAAACUGCUUGUAACUUCUGUUAGGAAUGUCGUAGAGACAUGAAACAAAGACCUCUAUGUAGGUCUGACUUAGACCAGUGCUUGGCAGCGGCCAAAGGCGGACCCGACCUACGCUGCUUGCAGCUUUAAUUGAUAAAGAAACUCCUUUUUUUUUGCAAAUAAUCAUGGACUUGGAAUGUAAUGGCAGUAACACAUGUCAAAAAAAGGCAUUUUUACCAGUGUGUUACAUGGCCUUUCCUUUUAACAACAUUCAGUAAAGGUUUGGGAACUGAGGAGACACAUUUUUGAAGUGGAAUUCUUUCCCAUUUUUGCUUGAUGUACAGCAGGGGUCGGGAACCUUUUUAAGCUGAGAGAGCCAAAAAUCCAAAUAUUUUAAAAUAUAUUUCCGUAAGAGCCAUAUAAUAUUUUUUAAACACUGAACACAACUAAACGCGUGCAUUUUUAAGUAAAACCAACAUUUCUAGAGUAUAAUAGGUCUCUUAUUCUUUGUAAUAACAUUGUUAUUCCGAAGCUAACUGUGGAGGGGGGCGUGGCCUGUGGGCCUGCAGUGAACUGGGGUGUGCCAGGACCGGCCUCGAAAUCAGCGACAGGUGCGUAGACGGCCCACCUGGGCCUUGUUAUCUAAUCGCCUGUCGCUCUGUUAUAAGCAGCAGCCAGGAGGAGAGACGGGGUUGGGGCUGGGGCUGGAGCCAGAGCGUGAGCGAAAAUGAAAGAGAAAAAUACAAUUGCUGGAAAGCAACUGAGGGACUUAUUGAAAAAACAAAACAAUAUUGUAACCUUAAAACAGGCUCUCAUGUCGGUGCUUGGGGGUCUGAAGAACCCCCAGGAGGGCAAGCCCCACACUAACCAAUAAUAAAUAAAUAACUUCUUACUAUUAACGCAACUUCUUGAACAGGUGCGGUAGAAACGGAUGGAUGGCUUAAAAAUGCAAGAGAAUGUUUUAUAUUUUGAACAUUAUUUUUAACACUGUGAUUACAAGUGGUCUAGUACCCGCACCCUUUUACUACAAAGCCAUGCUGUUGUAACAUUGUCUCGCCGAAAUAAGAAGGGGCGUCCAUGAUAACAACAUACGUUGCUCCAAAACCUGUACGUACCUUUCAGCAUUAAUGGUGCCUUCACAGAUGUGUAAGUUACCCAUGCCUUGGCCACUAAUACACCCCCAUACCAUCACACAUGCUGACUUCUACACUUUCACCCUAGAACAAUCCGGAUGGUUAUUUUCCUUUUUGGUCCAAAGUACACGACGUGAACACAGUUUCCCCCAAAAAAUGUGAAAUGUGGACUCGUCAGACCACAGAACACUGUCCCACUUUGCAUCAGACCGUUUAGAUGAGCUCGGGCCCAUCGAAAAGUUUCUGGGUGUUGUUGAUAAAUGGCUUUGGCUUUGCAUAGUAGAGUUUUAACUUGUACUUACAGAUGUAGCGACCAACUGUAGUUACUGACAGUGGUUUUCUGAAGUGUUCCUGGGCCCAUGUGGUGAUAUCCAUCCAUCCAUUUUAUACCGCUUAUUACCUUUUGGGGGCGCUGGCGCCUAUCUCACCUACAAUCGUGCGGAAGGCGGGGUACACCCUGGACAAGUCGCCACGUCUUCACAGGGCCAACACAGAUAGACAGACAACAUUCACACUCACAUUCACACACUAGGGCCAAUUUAGUUUUGCCAAUCAACCUAUCCCCAGGUGCAUGUCUUUGGAGGUGGGAGGAAGCCGGAGUACCCGGAGGGAACCCACGCAUUCACGGGGAGAACAUGCAAACUCCACACGGAAAGAUCCCGAGCCUGGAUUUAAACCCAGGACUGCAGGAACUUCGUAUUGUGAGGCAGACGCACUAACCCCUCUUCCACCGUGAAGCCCGUGGUGAUAUCCUUUACACACCAAAGUGGCAUUUUGAUGCAGCACCGCUUACGUGCAGUGAUUUCUCCAGAUUCUCUCAGCCUUUUGAUGAUAUUACGGAGCGUGGAUGGUGAAAUCCCUAAAUUCUUUGCAAUAGCCGCUUGAGAAAUGUUGUCCUUCAACAAUUUGCUCAGGCGUUUGUUGACAAAGUGGCGACCCUCGCCCCCCGUCCUCGUUUGUGAACGAGCGAGCAUUUCACGGAAGUUGCUUUUAUACCCAAUCUCCUGUUCCCAUUUACUUCCAAAUACGUCUUUGAUGAGCCUUCCUCAACUGUCUCACUCUUUUUUGCCACUUGUGCCAGCUUUUUUUUAAUCCAAUUCCAAAUGAGUUAAUAUUUGCACAAAAAUACCAAAGUUUCUCAGGGUGAACAUGAAAUAUCUUGUCUUUGCAGUCUAUUUAAUUGAAUAUAAGUUGAAAAGGAUUUGUUGUUUUCUAUUUUUGUUUAGCAUUUACACAAAAUGACAACUUUACUACUUUUGGGGUUUUGUAUUUGUUAUUAUUCUUGUCAAAAACUCUUCAGGUCCUGGUUGAUCUUGUUCUUCUUAUCAGUACAAAUGCCCACUUAACUGACGGCACCUCACUUUCCCAUUGUUUUGUUACGCUACAGCCUUAUUCCAAAAUGGAAUAAAUUCCUCAAAAGUCUGCAAAAAAACUUCCAAAAAUAGGUUUUGGCAAGCUUGUGGCAUCUUAUUCAAAAAAUACUUGAGACUCAACAAAGUAUUGAGCAAAGCCUGUGAUUUUUUUUGUUUGGUUUUUAUUUUCUAUAUAUUUGAUAAGUUAAAUUUGAUAAGUUAAAUAAAAACAAAAGAAACUUCCCAUUGUCAUUAUGGGGUAUUUUCUGCAGAAUUUUCAGGACAAAAAUGAAUUUGUUCCAUUUUUGGACUAAGGCUGUGACAUAUCUAAGUUAAAAGUUCAAGUACCAAUGAUUGUCACACACAAAUUAUCGACCCAUCACCCUUGAGCACCCCCUGGGAGGGGAGGGGAGCAGUGAGCAGCAGCGUUGGCCGCGCCCGGGAAUCAUUUUUUGGGGUGAUUUAACACCCUAAAUGUGGGGAAAAGUGAAGCACUGUGAAUAUUUUCCGGAUAAACUAUACUUUUUGCACAACUGGAGAAAAAAAAAACAUUUAAAUGAGCGUAUGUUCCGGACUAUAGAGCGCAAAAAAAAUAUGUCCACAUAUUAGCCGCAAUAUGUUGCGAAAUAAAUUAAAAAGGAUAUAUUCUGUAAAUGUUUGUUUACAUACCUUAAUUGUUUCCAAACGUUGCCUGUGACAAGGCAGUAAAACGGCUGAUCAAACAAAACAGAAGUCAUGGUCAUGGACCCACUAGCUGUGGACGCUAGCGCUCCAAUCAGCUAAACAGACUCCGCGGUGACGUUUCGGUGAAUUUACUGAAGAAUUUGUGAAAGCGGAAGAAAAAUGUGUUAGCGAAUUAGCUAAUGCUAAUGAUGCUAGCUUUAUAAAAUUACGAUAGCCCGUGCAAAUACUUACAAAAACUCUCCUACAGACAUCACACAUGGGACGUUUUAGUAAGUCUGAAUUCUUUUAGUUGUAUUGUAAAACUUACAGACCCUGCUUGGCGUGAAGAAUGAAGAAUCCAUACCAGUAGGAACGCUACGGAUGGCUUAAAACCCCAACGGCGCUUCUACUUCCUGUUGAAAGCCCUACUUGGAAGGACACUGCAGCACCUGCGGUGAGCAAACUUGUCCAAAAGAUGGCGCCAUAGCACAAACAAAGCACAAAAAAUAAAUAAAUAAGUAUGUGGACGACUUUCCCUGUUGCCGCUCGGGUUCCACUGACCACCCAGGAAGGACAUUGCUUUUUGGUUUGACUUUUUAUUUUUCUAUAAAGCUCUUUUCCAGCUCAGAUCGCUCUUUCAGCCGCUGUUCUCUCUCUCUUUCGCUGAUGCCGCUCUUCGUCCGUUCUUGCAGGCUCUCCAACUCCUUCCGCCCCGACCUUUCCUCCUUCUCCCUUUUUAUGCAGCAUCCGGAAAAAUGUUAAUAGUUUCCUGGUGUGUGAGCCACGCACCUGACUUGGAUUGCGGCGGCGUUGCUCCGCCGCAUUCUCCGCCUCCUUGCCGCCAUCUUGGGCAGGGCUGCAGCGUGCCCCGCCCCGCCGUCGGCCCGUCGGCCGCGCCUCCCCACAAAGUAUUUGCGUUACAGCCGUAAGCGAACAAAAAUCCAUAAAUUAGUUGCGUCGUUUUACAAGCCGCAGGGUUGAAAGUGUAGGGAAAAAGUGUCAGUUUAUAGUCCGGAAUUUACAGUAACUGCCGUAUGUAAAAAAAAAUAAUUUUUACAUGUGCUUAAAUGGUUAAUUUAUGUCAGUGUAAGGGAUAUCGACCACAUUAUGAUGGAUACUUUUAAAAAAAGCCUCCUGUUCACCUAGAAUUGUCGUCCAAAAGUGAGACUUCUUCAGCGUGAAAAAUGCAGAUUUUUGGUAAGAACGUUUUUUAUAAUGAACAACAGAAGAUGAAGCGAGUGAACCCUCUCCGGACGUUCCAUCUUCAAAAACAAACAGGACAUAAAAGUUCUUCAGUUGUUGAUGUUUGGGUUCUCUUGUUUGCUUUUUAUGCUCAAAAAGCUCAAUAAACUUUAGUCCUAAACAAAAA